CUGAGCAGAGCUGCAGAGGCCUGCUUUCCCCGCCCUUCUCAUCAGACGGGAAGCCUGGACUGUGGGCUGGGGGCAGCCUCAGCCUCUCCCACCUGGCAGCCACUGCCCGUGGCCCUUAGGCACCUGCUUGGGGCCCUGGAACCCCUUAAGGCCACCAGCAAACCCUAGGAGACCGAGGCUUGGCACGUGAACAGAGCCAGAUUUCACACUGAGCAGCUGCAGUCGGAGAAAUCAGAGAAAGCGUCACCCAGCCCCAGUUUCCGAGGGGCCUGCCAGGGACUCUCUCCUCCUGCUCCUUGGAAAGGAAGACCCCGAAAGACCCCCCAAGCCACCGGCUCAGACCUGCUUCUGGGCUGCCAUGGGACUUGCAGCCACCGCCCCCAGGCUGUCCUCCACGCUGCCGGGCAGAUAAGGGCAGCUGCUGCCCCUGGGGCACCUGCCCGAUCCUGCAGCCUGGCCACUCCUCCAGGGCCAGCCUUCCCUGACUCAGUGGCCACCUCUACUGCCCCGAGGCCAUGUAGGCCGUACUUAGGCCUCUGUGGACACACUGCUGGGGACAGCGCCUGAGCUCUCAGGGGGACGAGGAACACCACCAUGCCCCGGGGCUUCGCCUGGCUGCGCUAUAUUGGGAUCCUCCUUGGCAUGGCCUGUGGGAACGAGCAUUUGGAGAUAUGGCCCUUGACGCAGAGUGAGGAGUGCACUGUCACGGGUUUUCUGCGGGACAAGCUGCAGUACAGGAACCGACUUCAGUACAUGAAACACUACUUCCCCAUCAACUACAAGAUCAGUGUGCCUUACGAGGGGGUGUUCAGAAUCGCCAAUGUCACCAGGCUGAGGGCCCGGGUGAGCGAGCGGGAGCUGCGGUAUCUGUGGGUCUUGGUGAGUCUCAGUGCCACUGAGUCGGUGCAGGACGUGCUGCUCGACGGCCACCCGUCCUGGAAGUACCUGCAGGAGGUGCAGACGCUGCUGCUGAAUGUCCAGAAGGGCCUCAUGGAUGUGGAGGUCAGCCCCAAGGUGGAAUCCGUGUUGUCCCUCCUGAAUGCCCCAGGGCCGAACCUGAAGCCGGUGCGGCCCAAAGCCCUGCUGGACAACUGCUUCCGGGUCAUGGAGCUGCUGUACUGCUCCUGCUGUAAACAAAGCUCCGUCCUAAACUGGCAGGACUGUGAGGUGCCAAGUCCUCAGUCUUACUGCCCAGAGCCCUCAUUGCAAUAUGCGGCCACCCAGCUGUACCCUCCGCCCCCGUGGUCCCCCAGCUCCCCGCCUCACUCCACAGGCUUGGCGAGGCCGGUCAGGGCACAGGGCGAGGGCCUCUUGCCCUGAGCACUCUGGAUGGUGACUGCAGAUAGGGGCAGCCAGACCAGCUCCCACAGGAGUUCAACUGGACCUGAGACUUCGAGGGGUGGUGGUGAGACCCCCCUUGGGAGAGGACCCCGGGGAAGGGGGUUUUUCCUUUGAGGGGGAUUCUGCGCCACAGCAGGGCUCAGCUUCCUGCCUUCCAUAGCUGCCAUGGCCUCACCUGGAGCGGAGGGGACCUGGGGACCUGAAGGUGGAUGGGGACACAGCUCCUGGCCCCUCCUGGCACUGCCCUCACUGUCCCCCCGCCUGAAGGGGGUGCUGAGCCUCCUGUGGCCCGCAGCAGUGAGGCCACAGCCGUGGGUUGCAGGGAGACGGGCAGCACGACGUGGCCAUUCUAGGACCCCCCAGGCUGGCAGACUGGGGAGCUGGGGGCAGAGGGCGGUGCCAAGUGCCACAUCUAGCCAUAGCGGAUGCUCUUCCAGUUUCUUUUUUCUAUUAAACACCCCGCUUCCUUUGG